AAUUAUAAUUUUUGAACGAGACAUCAACUAAAGUGCUUGUGUUAAAACAUAAACUGAAAAAUAUUUACUGAAAUAAAAUCUUUGAAUGGCUUAGCGUAGAAGAGCAUGAAAUUCUAGCACUAAAAAGUUGUGAACUUAUCAGCAAGUUGAAGUUGUAUAUCCUAUCUUUGUGGCCAAUUUAAAAGUUAAAAAGUAAAUUCGAAAGUAUAUAUUUUAAUUGCGUUGAAACUUCUUAAUAUUCGAGUAAUUUCAUAGUGUAUAUAUAAUUGUAAGACUCGGUUUUUAGUGCAGUUAUAGAGUAAUUAAAAACAAUAAAUAGCGAAAAAAUUGUGUUUUUCGUACUAAAACUCCACCUUGACACGCUCAUUUUGCUGCGCCCCUUUUAUUGACCCUUUGUGCUAGCCUUUGGAAAGUGGUUAGCAGCUGUUCGUCGUUGGCACGGGCGGGUAAAGAGACUUUCAUUUAUUGCGUUAAUUGUUGCUGCGCUUAUUCAAUUUCAUCUGAGUUUGACUUGAUUUCAAGCUGUCGACGAGAUACCAAUACACAUAAAAGCGAACCGUCAUCAUACGAAAAUACUACCACCUAUUUUUGCCUCUGUAUUACAAUUAGCAAAAAUUAAAUAGCUCGUUAACAACACAUUUGAAAGGAUUAGUAUGACGAUUCCGUCGAGGCCAGCCCCUGCGCCUCCGGUGGCGCGUGGCCAAAAUGCUGCCGCCGGGGCCAAUGCAAGCAUUGAACAGCUACGCUUACAAUUACAACAACAACAAAUACAACAACAACAUAAUCGUGGAGUACAGAAAAUGACCAUUAAUCUACCGCCUCCGCCGAAAGGUGCCGCUACAAUGUCCGCGACUAAUCGCAGCAAUAGUUUCAGUAGCAACAAUAAUUAUAAUAGCUUUAACGUGCAUAACAGUAAUCAGUCAGCGAUAACACGAAAGUUCCCACAAGCACGAUACACGCCCACCACCAAUUGGGAGGACGAUCCUUUCGGCGCCAAUUCGUUAGCCGCAUCUAGUGCGAGUACGAAUGGUAAUGCCAAAAGAGUUCCACCACCACGACCGCCACCACCCAAAGUUCAGGUGACUGGCCAUAAAGCGCCACAACCGCCCAUCACGCAUCCGACCAAAUUGCUAAGUAACAUUUUCCGUAGCAAGAAACACAUUAGCAGCAGCACUAGUAGUAACAACAACAAAGCAAAUAAAAUAUAUGGUGUCAGCAGUGGUAUCUAUGCUGCUAAUAAUACAUCAGUGGCAACAACAAAUAUUAGUAGCAGCAAUAGCACAAAUUCCUGGAGCGCCACAAAUGCGAGCAACAGCAACAACAGUUGGCAGGCUAAUUGGAACAGUAGUUAUUCGUCCACAUCGCUAACGUCGUUAGGCACUGCAAGCGCAGGAGCCCCAAACGCCACCGGCGUAACUGAAGCACAACUUAUCAGCUUUGACUCGCCACCAAGUUCGCCGACCUUCACACAGAAAUCAAACAGUGAUUGCCUCAGCGUCGAUAGUUUCAGUUCUGAUUCAAACUUCAGUUCACCCAACAACGGUAGCGUCUCACAACCAGAAAGCGGCUUUGAGGAUGACUUCAGUGCGCGCAGCCGUCCAGCAACUACCAGUCCUCUUGAUCCGUGGGAAGCCUUCGAUAACGGCUUCAAUACUGCUUCCGAUCGUAUUUAUGGCAGCACUGCGGCUGCCAAUAGUAUCGGUACUGCACCAGUGCGCAAUCUCAGCACAAUAAACUCGCGCAUUCAUGCCAGCAGCGACAAUCCGCUUUGUAAUGGCAAGAGCCUUCUGCCACCAACACCCUCACUGACUGUACCAACGAUUAUUAAACCGAAAAUAUCGCAAAAACCACGAGCACCUAAACCGCCGUUGCUAUCGAAACCACAGUUUACACAUGGUGCUAAUGAUAAUCCACCGACGCCGCCGUCUCCACCAAUGCCGAAAUGUGCACCACCAUCGGCACCGAGUGGUGUGUCAUUGCUCGACGUAAUAUCGGGCAAAGUGGAUGCGUUGCAAUUGAGUGGCACAGCUACCGCAGGCUUUGGCUACAAUUGUGGCGCCGAGGAAACUAGACCACAUGGCAUAGCACUAUUCGACUUUGAUGGUGUCGAAGAGGGGGAUCUCUGUUUUCGGGAGAAUGAGAAAAUCUAUAUUCUAGAACAGGUGAGCGAAGAAUGGUACCGAGGCCGUACGCGUUCUGGAUGUGAGGGUAUCUUUCCAAUAAAUUAUAUCGACGUCAAAGUACCAUUGGAAGCUGAAGGUCCAGCGCUGACCGUCAGAAGUAGUACGCAAGAAACUUUACAACAGAGUGCUAUGACUAAAUCUUUACGUGUACGAUGUCUUUACAAUUUCCCCGCAGAAUAUGACGGCGAUUUGGCUUUGAGGGAGAAUGACAUUGUCACCAUAUUAUACAAAAUCAAUGAAGACUGGCUUUAUGGUGAAAUUAAUGGCAAGCAAGGUCAAUUUCCAGCGAAUUUCAUAGAGUAUGUACCCGACAAUAUCCCAAUGGCAUAAGCAGCUGGUCGGUCGUUCUCGGGAAUUUUGUGAAAUGUAUUAUUGUAUCUGUGUCACAUAACUAUACCAAUAUUGAUAAGAAUAGAAUACAAAUAUGAUAUGCCCAAAAAUAAUGCACUAAAUAUAAAUUAUGCUAUAUACGUAUGCAUAUGCGUUAAAAAAUAACUUUUAUAAAUGUCUUUCUACAAAAUAACAAACCAUUUUUAUAAAGUAUGUGUUCACAACCCUACACAGUGAUGUCUCGAUAAUCUCAGUAAUUGGAAAAAGUGGUUUUGCAACUUGGAAUUGAAUUUAAUUUAACAUUUGUUCAGAUAUCUUUAAAAACACCUUUUUAUAGAUUGUAAUUGAAAAAUUUAUGUAUGUAUGUUUGAAAAGAUAUGAUUAAACAUGUGAUGUAUGUGCACGUACUUUAUGAGCUUCAAUAGCUUCACUAAUGUACUUUAAUGUGUCCUGCGUAAACAUAUUAAUAUUGUAGUCUAACUAACAGUUGUUAUCAUAUCAGCAUAAACGACAUUUUUCCAAUAUUGUAAAAUCAAAAUCGAUUGCAAAACCUAUUUAUUAAUUUUUAAGACCGUAGUAAGUGCAAACAAGCAACGUCCACAUCACACGCUUAAAUCUCUAUAUAUAAUUAAACUAUUGAAUUUGUUCCACACACACUAUGUAGCUUUAGUUAUUGCUUGAUUAAAUGAUGUAUGUAUAAUAUAAUAAUAUAUAUAAUAUAUAAUUGGGCGCUUAUUUAAAAUAACUAACUACUUAUGAAAUGUUUUGCCUUUAAAUUUUAAAAUGUUGCAACAAAAUUAAAAUUAUUCGAAAAACGAGUAAAAUAAUAUGAAUGCGACAUAAACGAGUACACCUAUUUAAAGUCAAUAAGCGUUUGUUGUAUUAUUUUUAUUUCAUUAAUAGUUAUUUGUCAAUGAUUUGCCUGUCACGUUACGCGCAAGUGUGUUAAUAAUUAUCUAUAUUGAGUAAUUUAUAAAUAACUAAAAUUUAAUGAUAUUACGAAAAAAGAGUAACUUCCAAUGUUUUGAACGUUUUAGAAGAAUAAAAAUACAUUAUAUACAUAUACAAUGCGUAAAGAUGGUAUUCAAGCAUUUUUGUUCUGAAAACAUAAUUUUUUGUCGUUUAAGUACAUAGUAUUUGAGAAAAAUCGGUCAGAUAAUAAGAAAGGAAUGAUAAGUUAUGCACUUUCUAUACUCCGCUAAAAUCACUAAUAUUUAAAGCGUUUAAUAUACAGCAAACCGUACGUGAUUAGUUAGUUUUACGUAUACAUUAUACAUAUACUUCAAAUAACUAAAUAAAAUGCGAGUGAAAUGAUAUAACGAAA